AUGACUAGAGAAUUUAGAAAAAGUAUUGAAUUUGAUGGAAAUAUAUUUUGUAUAUUGGAUGAUGAGCAUGAUGAGAUGUAUGUUGUGCAGAGUAUGUCUGGUGGUUAUUGUACGAAGAAGUUUCGAUUGGGAUUGAUUCUGGAAAGGGAGGGUUUGAUUGUGGAUGAACCUAUUUGGACUUCGGAAAGUUGUGUUUCUAAUCCGUAUGGAUUUGCAGUAUAUAAUGGAAAGUCAAAGAGAUAUAUGGCCGUAUUGAAUCAUGGCAUUUCUUCGUCUGUCCAUUUAUUUGAUUGUAAAACUGGAGAGACAAUUAAGGAUACAAUAUUUACAGUACCUAAGGAUGCUUCUUGUUUGGAAAUUAUUGGAAAUACUUUAGUGGUUGGAGGUAAAAGUGUAUCACUUUAUGAAAUUGAUGAGAAGUUAUUUGGGGAGGGAAGAAAUGUUUUAAAGUUUUUGAAUGGAAUAGAAAUGGGCUGGAAAGCCUAUGAAAUAAUUAUGGAUGAAGCCAACCAAAGAAUAAUAUAUAGUAGUGAUGGCAUUAUAGUAUUGGAUUCAAAAAAAUUAGAAAAAGUACAACAAGUGGAUUGCGUUGAAGAUUGUUCAGGAAUUUGUCUAGAUCAAUUCAGUGGUGAACUAUUAGUCUGUUAUCCAGAUCAAAUAAUAAUAUACAAAUAA